GGGGAGGGGAGUUUUCCCAACUGUUUCUUCCCCCUGAAGGAGGCGGAAAGUUGCACAGGGACGGCGGCGGCGCUGCAGAAUCUCCCCGGUACCAGCCUGGAUGGAGCAGGUACAGGGGAAGAUGCUGUGAAGCAGGCAUUCUGCUGGUGUGGACUCGCCAAUGGAAAUCCAGCUGGUUAGAGUGAAAGAAGAGGCAACUCCAGGAUUGCCCCCCGUCUGCCCGCUGUGCCAGGAGGAGCUGCCGAGUCUUGCUGGGCCCAAAGGGCAGGCUCCACAAUGCCAGGGCUGCAAAAGUCUCUUGAUCGAGCCCCGGGCAUGGUUGCCUGGCAACCAAGAGGCCCUGUCCUUCCCUGCCGAGAGGCCGUACAGCUGCUCCUUCUGCCCCAAGCGCUUCAAGAGGGCCUCAGACCGACGCGACCAUGAGCGGGUGCAUACAGGCGAAAGGCCGUAUGGCUGUGGCAUCUGUGGCAAGCGUUUUACUCAGAGCUCGGUGCUCUCUGGCCACAUGCGCAUUCAUACCGGUGAGCGGCCCUUCCGCUGCGGCAUCUGCUUUAAGUCGUUCAACAACGGCUCCAACUUCCGCAAGCACCAGCGCAUCCACGGGCAGCCGUUUGGCUACGGCGACAAGGCAGGCGAUGGGAAGGACUGUGUCUUCCUACCUGAGAAGAAGUUGAGCCAGCUGGCGGAAAGGCAAGGUGGCUACAGUAUAAGCCCUGGCCUGCCACCCAGAGAAAAUGGCUGCCAGGUCGUCAAAGAACUGAGGGAAGGCGAGAACAAGAGAGGCCAUGACCCAAACAGCCCUUAUGUGAACAGCUUUAGCCAGGAUAACAGCCUGAGGCAACCUGGUGAUGAUCUGGACCAUUUCAAGCGAAUGAGACUAAGGGAAGAUAAUGCUAGUUGUGGCCCUAACCGUGAACUGAGGCAAAGUAGCCAUUCUAAGGCUUUAAGGCAGGCAAGCGAUAGCAAAGGUGGACUGGGGGGAAAUGGUGUCACGGGCCAGGGACCGAUGCAAAAUGGCCACAGUUUCAGACGCCAAAAGUACAUUGGUGGUGAAAAUCCCACUAUAGGCCUGAGGCAAAAUAGAGCAGAGGGAAGCCACACUCAGGGAGAACAGAAGCAUAAUGUCGGCAGCCACAAUGGCAAGCUACAGUUAGGCAACAGCAGUUGUGGGAAAGGCCUUUUGGAAGCUGGUAGCCACAAACUGAGUCAAGAGAGUGGAGUUGUGGGCUGUUUAGUAAGGAGAACAAAUGAAGACUACCUCAAGGGCCCAAAGCAUAGUAGUGGGGAGAGCAUUGGUGCCCACAUAAAGCAGAAUGGCAGAGGGGAAUGCCCUGUCAGCGCACUGAAUCCAAGCAGGCACCUCAGCACCUCAGCGCCAAGACAAAAUGGCCACCAUGGAAUCGCUGCCCAUGACCUCAGACAAAAUGGUGCUGGCCACUUCAGAUUGCUGAGGCAAGAUGGCAGCAGCAACAAGCAGAAAGAGGUGGCAUUUCAAGCCCCAGGGAAGAUGAAUGCUCUCACAGCAGCAAAAGUGUCUGUCUGGUCCUGUCCUGAUUGGGAAGAGACCGAUUUGGAGACAAGAAGCGAAAGGGGGGGAUUUGAAGGAUGCUCUCCCUUAGACAUGCCUGCUGGUGUAUCUCCCUGGGAACUGGAGAGCCCUGAGCCAUGUUCUCUGCCUUACGAUAUUUCCACAUCUCCUGGUCAUGGCUCCUUACAAGAGGAGUUUAGAAUCACCGCUCAGCACUGGGAAGAGGGGGGCUCUGCACCUUGCUUUCCUUUCCAAGAUCCCGAGCCUUAUGAUCAGCCCUCCCAGUCAGCAUUCGAUUCCAAGCCUUUCCUCUGCUUUGCAUGCCCCAAGCAGUUCCGCCGUGCCACAGAUCUGAAGGAGCACCUGAGGGUGCACACAGGCGAACGGCCCUUUGGGUGUGCUGUCUGUGGCAAGAGAUUCACACAGAGCUCAGCCCUGGCCACUCACCGGAGACUGCACACUGGGGAGAAGCCCUUUGAAUGUGCCGUGUGCUGCCGGCGCUUCAAUAACUCUUCCAAUUUUGCCAAGCAUCGCCGGCUUCAUGGGCAGGAGGGUGCUGGGCCUGGUGGUAAAGGGGUGCCGAAAGACCAAUGGAGUGCCAAGUCACAGUGACUCUUGAGGAAGAAGUUCUCCAUGGGGAGAUGGCACACUAGUUGUUGGCAGAGCUAGGCGUACUUCUGCACCACUGAAAUCAGUGGGUGCCGAUUUCAGCGUCUUUGAGAAUCUCAUUUUUAACUUUGCAGAAAACAGCAAGCUUCUAGCCCUACAGGUGUGUUUUGGAUAGA